CUGCUGGUGCUGGAGGUGCUGCAGCUGCUGGUGCUGGAGGUGCUGGAGCUGCUGGUGCUGGAGGUGCUAGAGAUGGAGGUGCUGGAGGUACUGGAGCUGCUAGUGCUGGAGGUACUGGAGCUGCUGGUGCUGGAGGUGCUGGAGCUGCUGGUGCUGGAGGUGCUGCAACUGCUGGUGCUGGAGGUGUUGGAGCUGCUGGUGCUAGAGGUGCUAGAGGUGCUAGAGCUGGAGGUGCUGGAGGUACUGGAGCUGCUGGUGCUGGAGGUACUGGAGCUGCUGGUGCUGGAGGUGCUGGAGCUGCUUGUGCUGGAGGUGCCGGAGCUGCUGGUGCUGGAGGUACUGGAGGUCCUGGAGGUGCUAGAGCCGGAGGUGCUGGAGGUACUGGAGCUGUUGGUGCUGGAGGUACUGGAGAUACUGGAGCUACUGGUGCUAUAGGUGCUGGAGAUGCUGGAGCUGGAGGUACUGGAGGUGUUGGAGCUGGAGGUGCUGGAGGUGCUGGAGUUGCUGACGGCUCCCUGGCAAAGCGUCGUGAGCCUGAGUCUCAUCCUGCCUCCCCUGUUCGCACUGUCAGUCGUGCUCGUCGUUCUCGUUCUCCACCUGUCCCAUCCACGCACACUAUGGCACUUCGUCCUUCCUCUGUUCCACAGCGUGUUGCUCUGCCGUCUGCUCUGGCAUCCUCUCUUCAUAACGUUCCUGAACCUGAGUCCGACCUUGCUCGUGCUGCUAGUCCUACUGUCACUCGUCUCCUCGCAACUGUUGUCACUAACCCUUCCUUUGAGUCUACUGCUGCGUCUGCCCUAGUCAAUGAGCUAGUCGACUUUGCUGCUACCCGUCGUCUCGACUACGACGCAAGUCUUGUUACUGAAUCUGAGUCUGUCUCUCCUUUGUUUGUUGGGGGUGAGCUUGCCCUUGGCUGUGACGUCCUUGAAGACAGACAGUUUGAGCUCGAGUGUCUCGCGGCCGUUUUACCCCGUUUUGCAUCCAUGCUGUUUUGCCCUGAGGGAGACCCGGAUGCACUGGACAUCCCCACCUUGAGCUCUUCCGCAGAGGCGAUCACGGGUGAGUACUCCUCCCAGUGGCAGACAGCCAUGGAUGUAGAGGUGGCUUCCUGGAAGUCCACAGGCACCUACGUAUACAAGGUUCCCCCUCCUGGGGCGAACAUAGUCGAUGGCAUGUGGAUUUCCAGAGUGAAGCGGCCGCCGGGAUCUCCGCCUGCCUUCAAGGCGCAUUACUGUGAGGAUCCAGGAUCGAGUUGA